CUCACCCACCUCAUCUAAAAUAUCCCUGCUGCGGCAAACGAUGCAUUGGUGAAAAAGGACCCAAAUUAGUUGUUUUAUUUGCGUCCUUUUCUUUCCUCAAGGCGUUGACAUUGGAAGCGUCUUUGUUCUUUUAUUUGUAUAUUUAUUUAUUUAUUUUCCUGUUCCAUAUAUCGUGACUGUAAAUUGCUGUGUUGCUACUGGGGAAAUAGGUUAGUGUGUCUGUGAGGAGCCAGCAGAGGUGAUCAAGCGAAGAGAUUAGAGGAAAGGAGGGAUUGUGUAUUUUGCAGAGAGGAGGAGAGGGGGAUGCCCGGCUGUAUCUCUCUAUUGCUGUGACUGUGAAUCCACGGCAACCCCAUUGGGUACGGAGACGGAGAGAGGGAAUUACUGGGAUGCCAUCGCUAACCUUUGACCUCUAUCGUUAACUCACGCCACAGCCAGGACGGACAGACCAGGGGAAAGGAAAGAAAAAGAGAAACAAGAGAAAUCCUUUCAUCUUUCCUGUAGCGGGGUUGUGCUGUGCGCCUGAUGUGCGGUAGCUAGCACCAUGGAUAUAAACCUGCAGUCCCACCGGUUCUACUUCCCUCAGAUCUACUGUACUGAGGCUGUGUCUGCUGGAGCCCAGGUCCAGGUCACUGCGCAGGAGUUUAAAGUCAGUGAGCAGAGUAUCUGCCAGGCGCGAGCCUCCGUCAUGGUAUAUGAUGACGGCAGUAAGAAGUGGGUUCCCAUCAAGCCAGGCCAGCAGGGUUUCAGCCGCAUCAACAUCUACCACAACACUGCAAACAACACCUUUCGCGUGGUGGGAGUCAAACUACAGGACCAGCAGGUAGAGGUGGUAAUCAACUACUCCAUAGUGAAGGGUCUGAAGUAUAACCAGGCCACGCCCACCUUCCACCAGUGGCGUGAUGCCCGACAGGUCUACGGACUCAACUUCGCCAGCAAGGAGGAAGCUACCACCUUCUCCAAUGCCAUGCUGUUCGCUCUCAAUGUCCUCAGCACUCAGGACGGAGGCCCAUCGGUCCAGCGCCAAGUCCAGAAUGGACCCACUACAGACGAGAUGGAGGUGCAGAGAGCAAGGCAGAUGAUGGAGCAACAGCAGAUGCAGGCCCACAUGGAGAGGGAACGACGAUCCUCGAACCCAGGCUCUCCUUUCCCAGGCCAUCCCGGUGUGCUUUCGGUAGCCCCCCCAGCCCCCAUGCCGCCCCCCAUGUCCAUGGGCUCCUCUUUAGGUGGAGGCCCCCCCUCCCUUGGUGCCCCUAUGCCUCCUCCCCCUCCCGGCCCCCCUCCCCCCUCGGCAGGGGCUCCCCCACCCCCCCUGCCUCCUCCGCUGCCCAUGGGUGGAGGUGGACAGGGUGAGGAGGCUCCCGCCCCGACGGGACUCGCCGCCAUGAUCGCUGGAGCCAAACUGCGCCGCGUCAAUAGACCUGAGGAUUCUAACUCUUCAGGAUCGGGGGCCAAAAACGAUGCCAACAGGACGAGUGGCGGCAGCGGAGGACUGAUGGAGGAGAUGAAUGCUCUGCUGGCGCGGAGAAGGAAAGCAGCGUCAGAGAAGCCUGAAGACAGCCAAAACGAUGACCCCAACGGAUCCCCUUCACCCAGCACCAGGGGUGGACAGAACGCCACAGAUGGAGUGAAGAAGCCAUGGGACAGAGCCAACUCUGCCGAGAGGUCAUCACUAGUAUCAAGGGUACGACCUGUGGGGAGUAGCAGCGACACAGACGCCUUAGACUUUGACAGAAUGAAGCAGGAAAUCUUGGAGGAAGUUGUUCGUGAAUUGCACAAGGUGAAGGAUGAGAUCAUUGAUGCCAUUAGACAAGAACUGAGCAGAAUCAGCACGACAUAAUCUUUCAUGUGACCCCAGAUUUUGGAACCAUCAUCCCCACGGCAACUACUGUCGCGUCUGAAGAAUGAAAGGAGAGGAUCAAGGCCCGAACUACGACCUUUUAUUGAUUUUACGUUGCUGUGAUGUUGUCGCAACGUGACAAUGUUGCUGUAACACUACAGGAAUGUUACGUUUGGUUUGGAAGAAUAGGAUGGAUGGAGGACACUAGCACUGAUUUUCUCUGUUUCUUUGGUUUAGGUUUUCUCUCGCUUUCUUUCUUUCUUUCUUUCUGUCCUUCUUUCUGUCCAUCGGUAACCCAUGUUUGCUGUUAUUUUUCCAGUCUUAAAGGCAACAUUUAUUAAAUUCAAUGAAGUAACCUCUUGUUUUUUUUUAGGAGUUUAUUGUUUUGGUUUUUAUUUUUGGUUUGGGGUUAUUAUUACUACCAUUGUCAUUAUUAUGACUAUUAUUCUUAUUAUUGUAGAUGUAAUGGUGUGAAUAUAAAUAGUAGUAGUUUUAGUGACAACAAUAGUAAAAAUGACAAAAUAAUAAUGAUAAUGAUAUAGAUGAUAAUGAUAAUGAUAAUGAUAUAGAUGAUAAUGAUAAUGAUAAUGAUAUAGAUGAUAAUGAUAAUGAUGAUGAUAAUAAUAAUUGCACAUCAUUUUAUGUCAGCCUUUUAUAUUUUAUAUUGUAAUUUUUUUUCCUUUUGGUUUUGUUUUAAAAUACAAUAAUAAGCACAUACGGAUUUCUUUCUCAUGACCUGACCUCAAGAUUUUUUGAAGAGUUUUGUAUCCUUUUCGCCAACACAGUUGUGUGUGUGUGUGUGUGUGGAAUCACUGACUGAAAGAUUUUUAAAAACAGGUCUUUAACCUGAAAGGGAGGGUGGUAUAUGAACUAUUGCUCUUUGGAUAUUGCAAUCUUAUGAACAAAAAAACAUCAAUACACCAGAGUAUUUGUGAUGAUGUUGUUAAAAAUGUUUAUUGGCUGCAGGAAUAUGGUGAAGUAUUGUUCAUUUUAUUAUUUACUUUCAUGACCAAGUGCUUCCUGGUUUAAAAUUUUAAAAAAAGACACACACUAAAUUAAAAAUUCAAAUAAAACUGUGAACAAUG